GAGCUCAUGCGUAUUUAUCCUCUUUCCCCCCGCUUGUAGAAUCACCGCGUCCAUGGUCCCCCUACAUUUGCGCCCUUGGUGUCUCGGCGUCGUGGGAUCCGGCGAGAUCGUGGCGACCAUGGCCGGGCCGGUCAUGAGCGGCUUCAUUAUCGAGCGGUUUGGGUGGCCCUGGUGCUUCUGGAUCAACAUUCCCGUCAUGGUUGCCCUGAUAGCCAUGGUAGCACUGUUCUUCAAGCACGCCGGCCAGGCCGUUGGGCCGCAAGACGCGUCCCUGAGGGAAAAAGUAGCCUUGCUCGACCUCCCUGGAGGCGCCGUCUUGGUGGGUGCUACAGUAUGUUUGCUGCAGGCGCUGAGUGCCGGCGGCGUUCGCAACUCUUGGACGGAUGCUCGCGUCUUGACGCCCCUGAUACUGUCCGCCUUUCUGUUUGGCAUCACGGUGAUCCACCAAUACCGCAAAAAGGACAAAGCAACGAUCCCUCCACGCCUGUUCAAGAAUAGAGCCUACGUUGCCUGUCUGUUCUACGACAUGUUCUUUGCCGGAGCGCAGCUGAACCUGUUCUACUAUUUACCGUCCUGGAUACAGGGAAUAGCGGGCUCGACUCCCGAUGAAGCGGCUCUCGAGAUGAUGCCCGCGCUGGCGGCGUCCAUUGUCGGCGGCUUUACCAAUGCCGGACUCGCCGCCUUCCUCGGUACCCUGCCCCCGGGCACGAUGAUGGGGACGACCUUGGUCUGCGUCGGGUCCGGUCUGCUGUUCUCGUUGAGGCCGCGGACGCUCAAGUCGCUGUGGAUGAGCUACGAGGCCUUGUUCGGCUUCGGCUGCGGCAUCUGCACCCAACAGGCGACCAUCGGUGCCCAGGCGGUCCUCUCAGACGCCGAUAUCCCCAUCGGGCUCAGCAUCAUCAUCAUCGGGAAGCACAUAGCCGCGGCUGUAUUUAUAGCCGUCGCCCAGCAUCUGUUCGUGACGCGCCUGGCGCCGCUCUCGGAGCUGUUGCCCGACUUUGACGUGGCGUCCGGGGCCAACAUUGGACACGACUAUCUCCGGAAGACUGUGCCGGCGGACAAGUUCGACGGUGCCCUUGGGCUGUACAACACCGCUCUCACCACGACAUUUGCCUUUUCCCUCUUCCUCGGGUGCGUGGCGUUUGUGUGUCUCUUCUUCAUUCCGUGGACGCCCCUCAAGAAGCGGCCGGAACAAGAUGGCUACGAACCUGCGAACGACUUUGAGCUGGAUUCCGUUGCGUCCGAGACCGACGCGGAGCCAAGGGGUCUGAGGCAGGACGAUUUUGGCGGGUAUACAGGCAGAGCGGGCAAUAAGGAAGUUGAUGUAUCUACAUAGACAAGACGCCCUAUACAAGCAAUGUAGGUGUUAUGUAUGAGUCUAUAACUCCAUGCUUCUUAAGCAUUGCUUAAGUCCC